AUGAUUGUGGGCUUGCUGGGAAUACUUAACAUAUAUUUCUUUCUUACCGGAUUGUUCAAGGUUGUAGAUCUCCCUAAAGAUUCGUCUACAGACCCUGCAGGACCUAAGAAGUAUAACAGGAUUGUCUAUCUUCUGAUCGACGGGCUCCGAUUCGACUCUUCCACUAAGACAUUGAAGGAAGGCCACAUUUUCAACAAAAUGAAGCAUUUGCAAUCGAUUAGUUCGAAAUUUCAUGCCUUAAGUGUCAGUGGAAUCCCAACUGAAACGGGGUCUAGAGUUAUAGGAUUGGCAACAGGAACGCCCAGCAACUUCCUAACAAGUGUGGCCAAUCUCCAAGGAUGCUCGAUAUACUGGGACAGUAUGGUAAGACAGCUUCUCAAGGAUGGGCGGUCUGCAGCAUUCUUCGGAGACCACCAAUGGAUAAGCUACUUCCCAGAACUCAGGGACAAGACUCAUUACAUAAUGGAUCCAUAUGGAAGGCAUGAAAUAAGGAAGCAGGAAGAUGAGAUCAUAGAGAAGAUGUUGCAGAGUGUAAACAACUACGAUGUUAUCAUUGGACACCUGAUAAACCUUGACUCCUACGGCCAUAUUUACGAGACCAUAGACCAUGAAGAAAUGGAACGCCAACUGAUAAUAUACGACAAUCUCAUAAACGAAAUAUACAAGAAAAUGGAGGAGGAUACAUUAUUUGUAAUAUGCAGCGACCAUGGCGUUGACAAUAAUGGAGCUCAUGGAGGUGUUUCUACAUUGGAAAUGUCUGCAGUGGGGAUUUUCAUAUCAAAGGACGGAAGGUUUAUCGAUAUCCCUCCCGUUGAAGGAGAGGUGCAAGACCUAAGGAAAAAGCAUAUCUCGAGAGUAUACGACGAGGACCCUCUCCUGAUACAAAGUAAGGAGCAGCACCCAACUAUCCAUCAAGAUGACAUUCUUCCGACACUAUGUUAUUUGAUGGGAAUACCUAUUCCAAAGGUAUCCAGUGGUAACUUCAUACAUGAGCUUGUCCGCGACAUUGGUGCAUACAAGACCUAUUAUAAACAAAAAUGCGACGUACUUAAUGUCACAUUCGAGGAUGAUCCAAAAGAACUCAGUGAAUAUGUCAGAUUGAAUUAUAAGUUAAGUGAGAAAAUGGAAAGUAGAUUUGCAGGAAGAGAUCAUUUCAAGCUGGUUGUUUCGGGUAUACUCUCGGCAAUAAUAGCAUUAUUUGUAAUAUUUAGAGCCCUUGACUCCAGGCUCUAUAAGUUCGAGGAUCUUGCUCUUUCCUUUGUGAUUGUAAUGACAGGGCAUUCCGUGCUGUCGAUAGUGCACGAGGAUCUAUUCUGGGCUGCUCUUUUCUUUAUCUCCAACCCCUCGCUCAAGAAUCUGCUUGGCACCAUAAUGCUUCUACAGAUGAUAAGGCCUCCGUCAGAUACAAAUCUUUUCUAUGUCCUUGUGAUAGAAAGGAUCAAGCUUCCUCCCCUGUUCAAUGGAAACCUUCUUUUCGUCCUUGAGCUGCUUUUAUUCGGAAUACUUGACAGCAUCUCCCACUUUGAAAGAACUUUUUGGUUUUUCUUGAAUAGCGUCCUUAGGAUAUUCAACAACCAUCCACAUGUCUUCAUUUCUCUUUUCAGAUACAUGCUUGGAGCCAAGACAGAUAGCGCGUCUUGGAAGCUUGGUCUCUUUGCUUCAUCACCUAGUAUUGAUACCUUAAUAGCCUUGGUAUUCAGGCCAAUGGAAUCCAUAUACCUUAUUUACAUCAUUAGAAGUCUUGAUGUGAAAAAGAGUAUUUACACAUAUUUCUCGUUGGCAAACAUAGCAUUCUUCUCCUGCGGAUUGCAAAAAUUGUUUCAGUCAAUCAACUACGGCGUGUUCUUUACAUUCUCAGACAAUUUGCUUACAGUACCUGCUGUGGUAAUAUCUUUCUUCUAUUUCAUCUAUCCAAGAAUCAGGGCAGUCCAGAUAUUCAUGUCCUGCCAGCCCAGUGUUAACAAAAAGGAAAGACACUUGAAAGCGCCCAGCUUCAUGAAGGAUAUAAUUGCAUUCCAUAACCUCAACCUAUUGGUGGUUAUGUGGUCUGGGUAUGCAAUCUGUGAGUCAUUAUCGUUCUACAAGUUUCUUGGAAUUCGAGCAUUUUUUGAAUACCUUUAUUAUAUCUGCGACAUCCUUCUGUUCUUGGCGAUCACAAAAAUUAAAAGAAGGUGUAGUUAG